AUGCUGAUUCCAAUUCAGCUUCGGCAGCUCGAGCCACGUCAAUCUCCCGAUUCUCCAACUGAUAAAUCAGACAGGAACGACAACUCUUCGCAAGAUAGUUCAGGAGGCAAAAACAACAAUGCGGUUAUCAUCGUUGCUGCCAUUGUGGCAUUCGUUAUAGCCUUUCUUGUCGUCGUCUACUUUGUCCUGCGCUCUCUCCGACGAAUGAACUGUCGCCCAAAGUACAUACCGGGAAAAUUUCUCAAAGAUAGGUGGAUAAGAUGGAAUGUUGGGAGUACAUACGGGCAGGUUCCGGGUGGCUCAUCGUCAAAUCGAGCCGCCGGUGUUACCGUAGCCCCUCAAGCCGCCGAGGAACCCUCACGGACCGACCCUAGCGCCGGAAUUCGUCGCGAUACCUCGAUUCGUUCAAUCAUCUCGUUGCCUGCCUAUUCCUCAAGUCCAAAACCCACCGAACAAGUCAUCGCCCGAGAGGGAGAACGUGGCGGAAUGGACAUGGUGGUGGAAUUCCCGGAGACAGGAGAAGAAGAAGAGGAUCGGCGAGAAGAGAUGAUGGAAUCCCUCUACCAGAUUCGUCUUCAGCGACGGCAAGAGAUUGCUGAUCGCGAAACUCGACGCCGCGAGCGCCGUGAAGCUCGUGAACGAGGCGACAUUCUCCGUCUUGAACAGCUUCGAACGGCAAGCCGAGCACGAGCCAACAGUCGGGACUCCGUCAAUGGAGGAGCUUCGGGCACGGCGGCCACUGCGUUGGCAGAGGCUCAAAGUCGCGGUCGUGACCGGCGAAUCUCAAGCGUCAGCUACGCUGAUGUAGGUUAUGUUCGGCACGACGGUUCCCGCCUCCGGGCUGGUUCGCACGAGUCCGACUCCCGACCCCUUUUGAACGAUGUCGCUGCCAUGAGUGCGGAUGGCCCCGACCGCUCGUCUGGCCUUAUGAGCGUACACUCUCGCGGUGAAUCCUAUUCCUCCGCGGCCGGCUCUGACAGCGAGAGCUUGACUCCUGUACAUUCUCACGGUGCUUCCCUGCGUUCAGUCAAUCAUUCAAACGAGGCGUUUGAAGAUGGGGAUGUUGGAGCACGAAACAUUCCGCCUCCGGACUAUGAAAAUCUAGAUUGGGGGGAUGCUCCCCCCUAUGAUCCUUCAACAUCACAGCCGAAUUCCGAUGGUCCGCCUCGACUACGGGAACUGACUCCGCUACCUACGAUCCAGAUCGACGUGGUAAGCCCGAUUGACAACGAUCCCCCCACAAUUCCAAUAGCACAGCAGGGAGAAGAACGUGUGCACACGCCUGCUGCCGAUUCUUCUUCUUCACAGGAUACUACGCAUUCAGCUCAAGAUAUUCGGCCCCGGGAACCUCCUGCUGAACCAUCCGCGCAAAGUGAUAACGACGCACCAGCUGCGGGGAGAUCAGCAUAG